AUGAGGUCAUCUGUACUCAGAUUCUGUGCAAAGGUCAAUCAGGAAACUCUCCAAGUAAGUAGGAAGAAUUUGUUCCGGAUAUGUGGUACUAUUGUGGUCGCAGAAAUAGUGCUUGCUGCGUAUGUUGAAUAUGGUGUACGAUUUCCACAUGAGGUUAUUAUGCCUAUAGCAGAAACACGAUCACUAGUCCAUUUUCAUGAAGGUAGUCUGGGGAUCUACAAGUAUUUCCAAAAAGAAUCGGAAAUCCAGAAAGGUACUGGAUUUCCGAUUCUUUUUGGAAAUAUCAGUUAG